AUGACACUGGGGGAGCCGGGAGGGGCGGACGAGCCCGAGGGCUCCGCGCCGGGCAGGGCAGAGCCCGAGGGAGAGGCGGCGGCAGCGGCGGGGACAGAGCCCCGGGACGCGGCCGAGGGUCCGAAAGGGACAGAGCCCGAGGACGCGAUGGCGGCCCCGGCGGGGACGGAGCACGAAGAAGGGGCCCCGGUGGGGAAAGAGCCCGAGGACGCAGCCGUGGUUCCGAAGGGGACAGAGCCCGAGGACGUGGCGGUGGUCCCGGAGGGGGCAGAGCCCGAGGAGGCGGUGAGGGAGGAAGCCCCGACAGAGAAAGAGCCCGAGGAGGAGGCGACAGUCCCGGCAGAAGCAGAGGGGACAGCCCGGUUGGGGACAGAGCCCGCAGAGGUAGAGGGGACAGUCCCGUCGGGGAUAGAACCCGGAGAGGGAACAGCUCCGUCGGGAGCAGACUCCGGAGAGGCAGAGGGGACAGCCCGGUCAGGGACAGAGCCCCCAGAGGCAGAGGGGAUAGCCCAGUCGGGGACAGAACCCGCAGAGGGAACAGUCCCGUCGGGGACAGAGCCCGGGGAGGCAGAGGGGACAGUCCCGUCGGGAACAGAUCCUGCAGAGGUAGAGGGGACAGUCCGGUCGGGGACAGAACCCGAAGAGGGGACAGUCCCGUCGGGGACAGAGCCUCGAGAGGCAGAGGGGACAAUCCCGUCGGGGACAGAGCCCGGGCAGGCGCCAGGACAGGCGAUCCCAGAGGGGACAGAGCCCGAGGACUCGUCGGGGACAGGCCCCCAGGAUGAGGUGCAGGAGGCAGCCCCGACGGGCGCAGUCCCCGAGGAGGCUCUGGGGACGGUCCCCGAGGAUGUGCGGGAGGCAGCCCCGAGGGAGCCGGUCCCGCAGGAUGAGGGGCAGGAGGGAACCCCGGCUGGGACAGUCCCUGAGGAAGGGGCGGCCCCGGUGGGGACAGUCCCCGAGGGUGCGGGGCGGGAGGAAAGCCCGGCUGGGACAGAGCCCGAGGAUGCGCUGGGGACAGUCCCCGAGGCUGAGGGGCAGGAGGGAGUCCCUGCGGGGACAGUCCCUGAGGAUGCGGUCCGGGGGGAAGCCCCGUCGGGGAUAGACCCCGAGGAUGCGGUGCGGGAGGCGGCCCCGGCUGGGACAGGGCCCGAGGAGGUGCGGGAGGAAGCCUCGGCUGGGACAAUCCCUGAGGAUGCGGGGCAGGAGAAAACCCCAGUGGGGACAAUCUCUGAGGACGUGGGGCAGGAUGCGGCCCCGUCGGGGACAAUCCCUGAGGAUGCAGGGCAGGAGGAAAUCCCGGCAGGGACAAUCCCUGAGGAUGCGGGACAGGAGAAAACCCCAGUGGGGACAAUCUUUGAGGACGUGGGGCAGGAUGCGGCCCCCUCGGGGACUAUCCCUGAGGAUGCG